CAAUUUUUACCGAAGUUGUACAACAAUAUCUUUUAAAAGUUAUUUGUAACGUUAUUUUAUACUAAACCAAAUAGAAAUUUUCCAGGUUUGUGUAUAAAAUAUCAUAAAAAUGGAUUCAGUAACAGAUCAAAAACCCGUAGAAAACGAGAACGUUUCGAGCAGUACAAGUUUUUUAUACGAUAUAAUCAGCCCGGUAAAUUUACUGUUGACUGUAAUUUUUGCAUUAUUCGUGUAUAAAAUUGUGAGGAGCAAGUUCGGCAAGGGGUCCGCGGGAGCGGUAGAACCAGAGCUCGCUAAAAUACGCAAGGAUAUGACUAUAGCGGAGUUAAGACAAUACGAUGGGACGCAGCCCGAUGGUAGAAUUCUAGUCGCCGUAAAUGGCUGGAUAUUCGACGCAACCAGUGGUCGACGGUUCUACGGGCCAGGGGGUCCAUAUGCCGCUUUCGGAGGAAGAGAUGCUUCCCGAGGUCUUGCUACAUUCUCUGUCACAUCAUCUGAUAAAGAAUAUGAUGACCUUAGUGACCUAAAUUCAAUGCAAAUGGAGUCAGUCAAGGAGUGGGAGGCACAGUUCAGAGAGAAAUAUGAUCUAGUCGGUAGAUUAUUGAAGCCCGGUGAGGAGCCAACAAACUACUCUGAUGAAGAACUGGAAGAGCCUGACACAUCGACAACCAACACUGAUGAUAAAAAGGAACAGUAAUUCCAUUUACAGCUGCGACACAAGAUUUUAAGUCACAUUCCGUCCUGCUCACAUCAUUUGGUAACUAAUAUAUUUGUUUUUUUUUUUUCAAUUUUAAACUGCCAUAGG